AUGCCGGCGACCCGAGAGGACGGGGAACUGCUAGGAACUCUGCCCCGGCCUUCAGACGCAGACCUGCGGGCCUGGGAGAUCCCCGGGUCUAGACUGAAGCCAAAGAACAGACGGCCGCCACCCUCAGGAACACCCGGCCGCAGGCCCCAGCAGCCCUUCCCCAGCCCAAGGGAUGCCUUCCCCAGGGGCCUCCAGAGCCCUGUGUGGAACAGGCUCUGCAACCCAAGUGCCGGCAUCCUUUUGAAGGAGGAACGAAACGCCCUCAGCGGGGUAGGCACCGGCGGCUGUAACACGCAAUCCCUGAGACCAGGGUCGUUCCUCCAAGCCAGCUUCCGGAAUGAGACGCUGCAUUAUUAA